UUACCCUCAUUAGUCCAAGUGUGUGUGUUUCUCUGUAAUGAUUCAGACAUAUUGGUGACUCCAUCCAAGUGCCAGAACUGUAAUUUGGGAGCAUUGUGUCUCCCAGAUCACAUAGAUGAACGGAGAGUUUGCAACACCAUCGCCCCGGAGAAGGAUGUGGAUGGAUUCCAUAUCAUGAAUAUUGGACGUCUGUGUCUCGAUCAGCCUUCCAUAAUUCCUGCCACUGCUGCUGCCGUGUGGGAAAUCAUAAAACGGACAGGAAUACCCACAUUUGGAAAAAAUGUUGUUGUAGCUGGAAGAUCUAAGAAUGUUGGAAUGCCUAUCUCAAUGCUGUUACAUACUGAUGGAGAGCACGAAAGGCCUGGAGGUGAUGCCACAGUGACCAUUACUCACAGAUACACCCCAAAAGAGCAGCUCAAGAUCCAUACGCAGCUCGCUGACAUAGUAAUAGUAGCUGCAGGUGUCCCAAAGCUGAUUACUACUGAUAUGGUCAAAGAAGGUGCAGCUGUGAUUGAUGUAGGCAUCAACCAUAUCCAUGAUCCUCUUACAGGAAAAACCAAAUUAGUUGGGGAUGUGGACUUUGAAGUGGAUUACACAGAGCAGCCAAAGCUCUUGAAGCUCAUGCAGACCUGCCUUGAGGAACACCACAGCUAUUGUAUCAAUGGGCUCUGUGCCUUCCACAGCGAGCUGAGGAAACCCAUAUGCAAGUGCCUUGCAGGUUAUAAUGGAGAAAGGUGUGAACAUUUAACACUAAAUUCAUAUGCACAUGAUUCUUACGAGCGCUACAUAGCUGUGGGAAUUGGUGUAGGAAUACUGACCGGGGGAAUACUUGCCAUCAUCUACUGCUACGUAAGAAAGAGAUGCAGGAAAUUGAAAUCCCCCUACAAAGUCUGCGUGGGCGAGACGGCGCUGUGAAGAUCUGGCACUGGGACACUCACCAGUUUGCCUGCAAAGGAGGGGAAGGUCUUCUGGGAAGGCCCCCCCGCACCAUCUGACAGGUGCCCCGGCCUCGCGGAGGAGAUGAACUCGAGGGAAUGGCAGAGGAGGAUGUGAAGGGAACUCCUGCAGAACUGACAGGCUCCGUUUAGUGUUGAAGAAAGACCUGCUCUCCUUGGUAAAGGUGGCUCAUGCUCAGGUCCAAACAGCUGAGGGCACUGGCAGGCCUCUUGACACUCUCCUGUGGUUGGUGUUUGCCAAGGGGAGGACCUGGUUGGUUUUAGCUGUUUUCAGUCAUUUCAAGCCCUAGAACAGUGUUCUGCUUUGGUCUUUUGUGUGUUUUGGUUUUUUGGGUUUUUUUGUUUGUUUUUUCUUCUUUUUUUCUCCUCUGGAGGAAAAGCACCACCUCUCUCACAGUGGAGCUGUAUUCUGGACAUCAGGCACUGACCAGAAAACAUUUGGGUUCUGAUUUUGGUGUCUGCUGGCUGUGUGUGUGGAUAAACAUCCCUCUUCCAAGCCAGCUGUUACCUCCAGUGUAAUGGGCCAAGUACAGGCUUCUGCUACCAUAAAGGACAAAACCAAAAUGCUUUGGACUGAGGAAAAUGACUGGUUUGCAAAAGCUUUCUUAAACUUAGGAAUAGAGACUAAGCAAUUCCUGGAAAAUUAGAUCAUGACACCUCUGGGCAUGGCAUGCUCUUAUUGUUUUCAUGAGCAAAGGAGCCAGGCAUCUUUCUCAAAAUGCAUUAUGGAGUGUGCUCCUGACAAAGAACCCUUCUCAUCCCAAACAUCAUCCAGCAGCUCCUCAGGUCCAUGGAACUUCAGGCAGAACAUUGCCUUGCUGCCCCCUGAUUUCUGCACAAGACUUCAAUUUCUAGAGAAGCUGGAAUUUUUCAUGAAACUUCAGUACACAGGAAACAGACUCUACUCCUUUCUCACGUUAUCAGCACAAUGUGACCACUCAAAUAAGAAAAAAAUUAUCUUGGGGAUUAGGUUCUACCCUGGACAAACAGAUUACAUAUUGGAUGCUUGGCUCUCUUCAUCUUGUCUACAAAGAAUUGCAAAGGUACAAAGAUUUUGUUCAAAGAAAAGGGAAGAAAAUUGAUUCUGAAGAUGGUGGCACUAACUGGGACUUCUCAGUGACAACUGGAGUGUUUGCCAGUGCUGACGAGACUGGAGGUGGCUCUCAGAGGUUUUCAUUUCAGCUGUUGUACGUUGUAGACUCAUCUGCUGUGCUCAGUCAUCUUCCAGAGAAAGGCAGUUGGUACUUGGAGAUUUUGUUGGGUAAUAUCAGCUCCUAAAUUCAGGUGGCUUACUGAAAGCGCAGUUUCUUUGUUAUGUGAAUUAAUUUUCACAGCAGGAGGCACGUUGCUUGUUGAAAAAACUGUGUAUUUUUGAGGCUAUGGUGACAAUUCUGAUAUGUGAAUGAAAGGUGGAGUUUGAAAGGGUUAAAAGUGCCUGUGGCACUCGA